AUGUUUUUCCUCAAAGAAGAGACCAAGGUUAUCACACUGCAUCCGUCCUACUUUGGGCCCAAUGUGCGGGAGUAUCUGAUUAACCGGCUGAAUGAAGAGGAGGAGGGACGAUGUACGGGAGAUCACUUCGUGAUUUGUGUGAUGGAUAUGGUUGAUAUUGGCGAGGGACGGGUGCUUCCGAGCGGUGGACAGGCAGAAUACACCAUUAAAUAUCGAGCGAUUAUCUGGAAACCUUUCCGAGGAGAGACAGUUGACGCUAUUGUUACCUCUGUCAAACCCACUGGAAUCUUCACUUUGGCAGGGCCAUUGUCAGUUUUCAUUGCACGGAAAAAUAUUCCUUCCGAUAUCAAAUGGGAGCCCAACACAGUGCCUCCCCAAUAUACCGAUCAUGCGGAUCAGGUUAUCGAGAAGGGAACCAGUCUACGGCUUAAGAUUCUGGGUGUGAAGCCCGAUGUGGCGGCUAUCAAUGCUAUUGGUACCAUCAAGGAGGAUUAUCUAGGACCGCUGUAA